CCCGUCCGCGCUGCUUCAGAAACGCUGAGCCGAGCAGCGACACCACUGGCCGCUGUCGAAAUGUGUGCGGGGGUGAUGUCCUCUGCGCGGCACCGCGGACUCCUCCCCUCCUCGCGGCGGCCACGACGCACUGGCUGUAUCCCCUUGGCCGGUCCCACCCGGUGCGCCCAUCCAAAGUUUGUGAUCCAGCCGGCGGCGAGCGCCGAGACGCUGAGCGUGGGGCAACGCGUUGAAGCCGCAGGCAGGACGUGGCACGGGCUCAAUGGAGAGCGCUGCGUGUGACGCGUCAUGGCCGCCGGCCCGAACAGCAGCAGAUGGCUACACCAGGUCGCUUCAACCGGUGCAAGUAUCCACGGCCAGACCGCCGGGAUGUUAGUUAUGCUCGGCUUCGUAACGGGCGGCAGGCUGCAAAGGGAAGACGCUGAAUUUUGCUAGGAUGGCCAGCAGCAGCAGCGAGUGCAGCACUCUCUUCGAAGGCUCGUCGGUUGUCUCCGUUGCUUCGGCUUCCGCGGCUUCGGAGCAAUACGACUUUGACGACUUUGACGACUACUCGGACUCGUUCGAGUCCGACGACGAUGCUACGGGCUCGGAUGCAGCAUCCGCUGCUGCAGUUGAAGAGAACGAGUGGUUCGACGGACUUAUCCAACGUGUGGAAGAAGGCAACGAGCCGCGCUACUUCGUCCAGUACGACGACGGAGAGGAGGCGUGGGAGGGUCCUGCUAAGAUCCGCCCUCUCCCCGCAACGUUCACGACUACAGAUGAGUACGAUCAAGGACAGCGUCUACUGCCGUUGAGUGAACACAGCGCUCGAGCGAUAGUGGGGCGUAAAGCGAUUGUGUACUGGCCCGACGAAGCCGACUGGUUCGACGGCGUUGUGAGCAGCGCGCAGGCCUCACCAGCAGCACUUAAGAUUGAGUACGAAGACGGUGACAGUCGCUGGGAGCAGGAACACACGUUCAAUUGCAUCCUCUUGCAGCGACCGGCAGUGGAGACAGCGAAGACCCAACUGAGUAUACCUGAGGUCGUGUCUGCUCCGCGGUCUCCUCCCGAGCGAGCCAUACCGCUGCGUCGUUGA